AUGACCAAAUUCUGGGAGGUGAAGACGAUCCGUGGGAUUCCGGAUACACUUAGCCACAACGAUGAAUGCCAUAGACCAACAAUAUCCAAAGACUGCGAAUGGGAGAAUCGCAGUGAAAAAGGUUCUGCUGGUAUCAGGGUCACCUUGAGCACCUCACAUGAAGACCGUUACGAUUGCAGAUCGGACAAAUCGACAAAUACCAAUGCUGUGCCCAGUGACAAGGAUCCAGGAUGUACUUAUGGCUGCGGAUGGAAGGAUCGGACAGAUGACGAAUCGGUGCCCAUCACCGCAUUGGAAGAUCCUUGCACUUGUGCACAGAGUGACUUGAUGGAUGCUGGCGGUGUAUCCAAGGGCGCGGAUGCCAGAAACCUUUUUUAUAAAGUUUGGGACAGUGUUGAUGAUGACAACGAUCGGAAGACUAUGUUGUAUGGACUGAUUAUUAUCGACAUCACAUUAUCUUGA